CCCAAUUGGACGGCCCGGUCCACAAUAACCGCUCCUCUACCACCAUCUCUACACAAGUGUGUGUCUGUGUGCAGUGUGUAUCUGCGGUGUGUGCAGCGCAGUGUGUGUGUGUGUGUGUGUGUGCAUGUGUGUGUGUGAAGUGUGUACCGCGGUGCGGUAGCUGUUUGGCACAUCGACAGCCGCGACCACCACCACAUCUGGUCGCCUCCUUGCGCAUCAGAUCGUGUUCUCCAUGGUCCUCUCACGGCCGGUUCGGUGAGGAGUUGAUUCGAGCCGAGGGGGAUGAAGAUGCUGACCCGCGUCCGGGCGGCGGUGCUGCUCUGCUUGUGUUUCUGGGACGAAGCUCUCGCCGGAUUCCCCAAUCAAAUCAACAUCGGCGGGCUGUUCCUGCGCGCCACGGUCCAGGAGCACAGCGCGUUCCGCUUCUCCGUGCAGCUGUACAACACCAACCAGAACGCCACGGAGAAGCCCUUCCACCUCAACUACAACGUGGACAACCUCGAGUCCUCCAACAGCUUCUCCGUCACGCACGCAUUCUGCUCCCAGUUCGCGCGGGGCGUGUACGCCAUCUUCGGCUUCUACGACAGGAAGUCGAUGAACACGCUGACGUCGUUCUGCGGCGCGCUGCACACGUCCUUCAUCACGCCCAGCUUCCCCACCGACGCCGACGUGCAGUUCGUCAUCCAGAUGCGUCCCGGGCUGCGGGGGGCCGUGCUCAGCCUGCUGGCCCACUACAAGUGGGAGAAGUUCGUCUACCUCUACGACACCGACAGAGGCUUCGGCAUCCUGCAGGCCAUCAUGGAGUCGGCUGUGGCCAGCAACUGGCAGGUGACGGCGCGCUCCGUGGGCAACAUGGCCGACCCCGUGGAGUACCGGCGCAUCAUCGAGGAGAUGGACCGGCGCCAGGAGAAACGCUUCCUCAUCGACUGUGAGGUGGGCCGCAUCAGCGCCAUCCUGGAGCAGGUGGUGGUCCUGGGGAAGAACGGCAGGGGAUACCACUACAUCCUGGCUAACCUGGGUGUGUCCAACAUGAGUCUGGACCGCGUGGUCUCUGGAGGAGCCAACAUCACGGGCUUCCAGAUCAUCAGCCCGGAGAACCCGAUCGUCCAACAGUUUGUCCAGCGCUGGGAGAAGCUGGACGAGAGGGAGUUCCCCGAGUCCCGCAGCGCCCCUCUCAAGUACACGUCCGCCCUGACCCACGACGCGGUGCUGGUUCUGUCGGAGGCCUUCCGGUACCUGCGGCGGCAGCGGGUGGACGUGUCCCGGAGGGGCAGCGCCGGGGACUGCCUGGCCAACCCCGCCGUGCCCUGGAGCCAGGGCAUCGACAUCGAGAGGGCCCUCAAGAUGGUACAGGUGACGGGCAUGACGGGGAACAUCCAGUUCGAUACGUUCGGCCGUAGAACCAACUUCACCAUCGACGUGUACGAGAUGAAGCUCGGAGGAGCGAGGAAGAUGGGCUACUGGAACGAGUACGAGAAGUUUGUGUACAUAGUGGACCCCCAGGUCACCAAUGAGUCCUCCUCUGUGGAAAACCGAACAAUUGUGGUCACUACUAUUAUGGAAGCGCCGUACGUCAUGUACAAGAGAAACUUUAUGCAGCUGGACGGGAAUGACCGGUACGAGGGCUACUGCGUCGACCUGGCGUCGGAGAUCGCCAAGCACGUGGGGAUACGCUACAAGCUGUCCAUCGUGUCCGACGGCAAGUACGGCGCCCGGGACCCCGAGACGCGCACCUGGAACGGGAUGGUGGGUGAGCUGGUGUACGGGAGAGCCGACAUCGCCGUGGCCCCCCUGACCAUCACCCUGGUGCGCGAGGAGGUGAUCGACUUCUCCAAGCCCUUCAUGUCCCUGGGCAUCUCCAUCAUGAUCAAGAAGCCCCAGAAGUCCAAACCCGGCGUGUUCUCCUUCCUGGACCCGCUGGCCUACGAGAUCUGGAUGUGCAUCGUGUUCGCCUACAUCGGCGUCAGCGUGGUGCUCUUCCUGGUCAGUCGCUUCAGCCCCUACGAGUGGCACCUGGACGAGAGCGACGAGGCCAAAGACCCCCAGAGCCCGCCAGACCCUCCCAACGACUUUGGCAUUUUUAACAGCCUGUGGUUCUCGCUGGGCGCCUUCAUGCAGCAAGGAUGCGAUAUCUCUCCAAGGUCUCUCUCGGGGCGCAUCGUGGGGGGCGUGUGGUGGUUCUUCACCCUCAUCAUCAUCUCCUCCUACACCGCCAACCUGGCGGCCUUCCUCACCGUCGAGAGGAUGGUGUCGCCCAUCGAGAGCGCCGAGGACCUGGCCAAGCAGACGGAGAUCGCCUACGGGACGCUGGACUCCGGGUCCACCAAGGAGUUCUUCAGGCGCUCCAAGAUCGGCGUGUACGAGAAGAUGUGGUCCUACAUGAAGUCGGCCGAGCCGUCCGUCUUCGCCAAGACCACGCCGGACGGGGUGGCGCGCGUCCGCAAGUCCAAGGGGAAGUUCGCCUUCCUGCUGGAGUCCACCAUGAACGAGUACAUCGAGCAGCGGAAGCCCUGCGACACCAUGAAAGUGGGCGGGAACCUGGACUCCAAGGGUUACGGAGUGGCCACGCCCAAAGGGUCGGCAUUAAGAGAUGCUGUUAACCUGGCAGUGUUAAAACUGAACGAGCAGGGCCUGUUGGACAAACUGAAAAACAAAUGGUGGUACGACAAGGGGGAGUGUGGCAGCGGGGGAGGGGACUCCAAGGACAAGACGAGCGCUCUGAGCCUCAGCAACGUGGCAGGGGUCUUCUACAUUCUGGUCGGGGGGUUGGGGCUGGCCAUGACCGUGGCGCUCAUCGAGUUCUGCUACAAGUCCCGGGAAGAAACCAAACGGCUGAAGCUGGCCAAGAACGCCCAGAACUUUAAACCGGCGCCUCCAGCCAACACGCAGAACUUCGCGACGUACCGGGAAGGCUACAACGUGUACGGAACCGAGAGCGUCAAGAUCUAGCCUCGGUAGGUCUCCUGCCGAGCCGACCUGCUGCUGAUUGUUUGGUGCGUCACAAGUUGC